AUAGAUUAGGCUUGCAGUGAAAAACAUCGUUAAUCUAAGUACAAGUGCAUGCACAAAGAGAAAAUCUCACCUUGUGAGCAUGAGGAAAAGGCGAGACUUCGGUUCAUUUAAGUUUCUCGCACAAACUCAUUUUUGCUUACAAUAACUUUAUUAGGGCAUCUAUGUUUUUCUUCUGUUCUAGAAACAAACGAACUUCGUUAUUUUUAAAAUGUAAUUUUACUGAAUUUAAAGGUUAUAUGAAAUGCACAGAGUUGUUGAGCUCCUUCAAACCUUUACCAUAUUUCCGCUGUAAUAUUAUUUUUAAUGCUCUAUGUGACGCUGUUGGUUAGUGUGUAAAAACUUAAAACGUUCUCGCGUUGAUCCUCCCAACUUGUGACAUCAUACAUACUGCGCAAGCUCUCAUUUAGAAAAAAAAACCGCACACGCGAACACAUUUGUUGUUCGUAUCUUUGACAUUUUCUAUCAUUUCACUCCGUUAAAACAACAUUUGCGUAAUAUUUUGGGUCCUUUGGAACGCGGUUCUUAUGUCAUGAGUGCGCUUUGUUCUUUGCUCGUCGGACGACGAAACAACUCCACUCCACCUUCAACAUGGUUGAUGUACAUUCUGCUGUUUCCAUUUGUGAUGACCGUAGUACACGGGCAAAUCCGAUAUUCUAUUCCGGAGGAGAUGACGAAGGGUUCAUUAGUUGGAAAUAUCCUUCAGGAUCUCGGUUUGGACGUUAAAAGACUGAAAUCAGGGCGAGCGCGGAUCUUUACGGAGGACAGUCGUGAGUACAUCGGCCUGAAUGUGGAUAAAGGGACUCUGGUAGUGAGGGAGAGGAUAGACAGAGAGGAGCUGUGUGCUCAAGUGUCUCUGUGCUCCUUACGUUUUCAGAUCAUUCUAGAAAACCCAAUGGAGCUGCAUCGAAUUGAUGUGGAAAUAUUAGAUAUUAAUGAUCAUGCUCCUGUUUUUGCUAGGGAUGAAAUUAAUUUCCAAAUUAGUGAGUUAGCGGUCCCUGGUGCGAAAUUUUCUUUAGACAGCGCACACGAUCCAGAUGUAGGAUUGAAUGCACUUCAGAGGUACACACUUGAUCCAACCAACCAUUUUUCUCUCAAAGAAAUAUCUCGUAGCGAUGGGACAAAAUACGUAGAAAUGGUUUUACAGACACCUUUGGACAGAGAAAAACAAGAAGAGCAUAAAUUAAAAUUAAUGGCGUUUGACGGCGGUAGUCCUCAAAGAUUGGGGUCGGUCAAAAUUAAUAUCGUGGUUAUUGAUGUUAAUGACAAUACCCCCGUGUUUAGCCAGCCUCUUUAUAAAGUUACUAUACCAGAAAAUGCACUGAAAGGCAUAGGACUAGUAACAAUAAGCGCUACCGAUUUGGACAAAGGAUCUAAUGGAGAGGUGACAUAUUCGUUUUCACAGAGCUCCGGAAAAGCUAUGGAAUCAUUCACCAUUGAUCCAGAUACCGGAAAUAUUAGAAUAAACGGUCUGUUAGAUUUUGAAAAGUCCAAACAAUAUGAACUGAACGUCGAGGCUAGGGAUAAAGGAGGACUGACUGAUACUAGCAAGGUUCUCGUUGAAAUUAUCGAUGUUAAUGACAAUGCCCCCGUUAUCAGUGUCAUCUCAUUUUCGAGUCCUAUCCCUGAGGAUUCCGCCACGGAUACUGUUAUAGCCAUGCUGAAUAUUAAAGAUAUAGACUCCGGCAAAAACGGGCAGAUUAAAUGUACAGUGAAUUCAGAUUUGCCAUUUCGCGUCAAAUCGACGUCCUCUAAUUUCUAUAGUUUGGUUACAGACCAGUUUUUAGAUCGUGAGAUGUUUUCGGAAUAUAAUAUAACAAUUAGCGCUACAGAUGAAGGUUCUCCCUCCUUAUCUACUAACAAAACACUGACUGUGAAAAUAUCAGACGUCAAUGACAACGCCCCUGUGUUCUCACAACAGUCAAACAUUGCUUAUGUGAUGGAAAAUAAUUCCCCUGGAUUAUCGAUAUUUGCAGUGACAGCAUAUGAUAACGACUCUGGUAAUAAUGCUCGGAUUACAUAUUUCGUUGAAGAUGUCCUUGUUAACGGAAUCUCUGCAUCGUCUUAUAUUUCCGUUAACACCGAAAGCGGGGAGAUUAUUGCUGUUCGUUCUUUUGAUUAUGAGCAAACAAAGGAAUUCAGCGUCAGCAUCAAAGGACAGGACGGAGGCAAUCCGCCUCUGAGUAGCAAUGUGAGUGUAAAAAUAAUUAUUCAGGACCAGAAUGACAACGCUCCGCAGGUUCUGUAUCCAAUACAAUCUGGGGUCUCGCUGGUUACUGAAAUAGUGCCCCGUUCAGCAGAUGUGGGCUAUCUUGUCACUAAAGUGGUGGCUGUUGAUGUGGACUCCGGACAGAAUGCCUGGCUCUCGUAUAAACUGCAGAAAGCGACAGACAGGGCGCUGUUUGAAGUGGGCUUACAGAAUGGAGAAAUAAGAACUGUACGCCAAGUCACCGAUAAAGAUGCUGUGAAACAGAAGCUCACUGUUGUAGUGGAGGACAACGGACAGCCCUCUCGUUCAGCUACAGUAAAUAUUAACGUGGCGGUGGCGGACAGCUUCCCUGAAGUGCUCUCGGAGUUCACUGACUUUACGCACGACAAGGAAUACAACGACAACCUCACAUUUUAUCUCGUCUUGGCGUUGGCUGUAGUUUCGUUUCUUUUUAUCGUGUCCAUCAUAGCCAUACUGUCAGUUAAGUGUUACAGAUGGAGACAUGAGCGGAUGUUUUACAAAUCUGGAGCCAACCUCCCAGUUAUUCCAUAUUAUCCACCCCUUUACGCGGAUGUGGGAGGAACAGGAACGUUACAACAUAUGUACAAUUAUGAGGUUUGUAGAACGGCCGAUUCCAGAAAGAGCGAUCUGAAUUUUAGAUCUGGUGAUGAGAGCACCAUACGCCUGGAUAUCAGUGGAACCAAGACGCUGACUCGUGUGGAGCGGGAGAAUCCUAUCAGUGAUUCUAAUGAUCAGGUGAGGUCAAAUGAUUAA